UUGUAACGUCUCUAGUUCUGUAUGUGUGUGGUUGCUCUGCGGAUGUAAAUUCUAAUAUCCGAUAAUUAGAAAAGUGAAUCCAAAGUGCUCCUUAUCGCGAAUGACAUGCUCUGACCGCAGCUACGGCGCAGUCCCUGUUGAAACUCGAUCACGAAUCAAGCAAAUCCCAGUUUCAGCACUUCCUAUCAGGAGCAAAACAAAGUAAAACGCAAUACCACUGCGAUGGCGACGAGUGAAGAGGCGAGCGAGUGUUGAAAAAAUCGCAUUGGAUAUAGGAAUUGGCCAGAAGUCGGCCCAAACAAUAAGCCAGGGACCCCAGAAAACAAUAAUCAACCCGAGCUUCAAACGCACAGAAUCGCUGGCAGGAACACACAGAUGAGACAUGCAAAUUGUGCGGAUGGUGAAGAAAAAUCGCAGCAGCAGUGGACUAAGCGGACUAGAGAAAUAACAGUGUAGGCGAAGACCCGAUCGUCCCUAAAAGUCGUGUUCUGACUGGCAGAAUGUCCAAGAGGAGUUGUCACAUACUCACCCUGCUGGGCUUGUGCCUGAUUUGCCACGAGGUGGCACUGGUCGAGGGUCACGUGCUGGUUUAUCGGAAGACAACGAGCCAGUUGAUUGAGGAGUUCAAUGAUCAGCCAGCACAAUUCGGCCCCCAACUGCCAUCGAAUGGUCUCAAAGUGUAUGUGAUCCCCGCCAAGCCCCCUUCCUUCGGUUGUGAUACUCUAGACAGGCCACCACACCUUAAUUACCCACCCUCAGCCAAAUUCGUGGCACUUGUAUCACGCGGCGGUAACUGCACCUUUGAGCGCAAGGUACGAGUGGCCCAGAAUGCAACUUAUUCUGCUGUAAUUGUUUACAACAAUGAGGGCGACGACUUGGAACAAAUGUACGCCGACAACCCGGCGGGAAUUAGAAUACCCUCGGUUUUUGUGGGCCACACAGCGGGUGUGGCUCUCACUACUUACAUUACUCCAGAGGUGGUGCUAAUCAUCAACGAUGAGCUGCCCUUCAACAUCAACACGCAGCUGAUAUUGCCCUUCUCCAUACUGAUUGGCCUGUGCUUCAUAAUCAUGGUUGUCUAUAUGAUCUACAAGUGCAUCCGCGAGCAACGCCGCCAGCGUCGCCAUCGACUGCCAAAGAGGAUGCUAAAGAAGUUGCCGGUUCUGCGAUACACCAAGAACAACGCGAACAACAAGUACGACACCUGCGUGAUCUGCCUGGAGGACUUCAUCGAGGACGAUAAGCUGCGUGUUCUGCCCUGCUCACAUCCCUAUCACACACACUGUAUCGAUCCCUGGCUUACCGAAAACCGUCGCGUCUGUCCCAUUUGUAAGCGCAAGGUUUUUACAAAGGGCGAAGCGCGUGCAAGUCGGAGGCGGCAGCCUUCUUUGGAUAAUGUCACCGAUACUGAUGACGACACGACGCCACUUCUGCAGCAACAGCAGUCAAACGGCAGACAGGCGGUCCAGGUGAGCGCCGCUUCCUCAGCCGCCGGAACAGCUGCCGGGAGCAGCUCGAGUGUAGCGGCGACUGCUGUCGCUGGGACCACGCGGCACGGAACCUUCCGGCGUGGAGACGCCGGACGAAACCCGUUCGAGGAAUCCCAGAGCUCUGACGAUGAGAACGUCCUGCUAGACUCUGCUGUGCGUCCGGCCACGUCCUCUGGAGCACACGAACGCAUCAAUCCCUUCGAUCGUGCUCCCAAUCUGCCAGCCCACCUAGCUGAACAGUUAACUGGUAGUCGUCCUUCGCUCUGGUCGCGCAUCAAUUUUGGCUCGUUCUUCCGCCGCCAACCGACUGUGAUUAGUGUGGCGGCGCCACCUUAUCUGGAGCACGUUGAGUCCGGUACCAGUGCCAUGGGUCUGCCGGCGACGGGGACAAUCGCCGUAGCCACGCCCGCAUCGAACAACAUCCUCAAUCCGAAUUUAAGCGGCUCCUUCAAGGACGACGAUGAUAUGCCACCGCAUCGCUCGAUCUACGAACCUAUAGCAAUCAGCACACCUGCCGCGGACUCGGCGGCUGAUGAGGAUUCGGCGUUCCUCCAAACGCCCACGCAGGGCGCCAUUGGCGUGGCCGCCCUGCCGCACAGCUCCUCCGAUCGCCAGUUUCUCAUAUGAGGCGAGUUCGACCGCCGAGAGUCCUUAGCCUGUAGGUUGUAGGUGGACGUCGAUCCUCGAACCGGUAGCCCGGGAUCGAGUUUUUCGUUUGGGUUCGCGAUCAAUGCUGUGGCUGCCAGCUGCUUUGUUUUAAACAAUUAACAAAAGUUUAUUAUAAUAUUAAUAAAUACGUAGCCGAACCUUGUGUUAGACUGUGCGCUGUCCUACUUCCAGGACACCCACCCACAGGCACCCACACAGACACGAAACACACACACACACGUCAUUUCUAUGCGUAUACAAAUUGUGAUUUAUUUUAUAUACAUUUUACAAUUAACCCGAUUGGCAUACUAAUUACCGCCUCGCCUGCAAAGUCCCAACCAAAAAUGUAAACGAUUUAUGGAAAACAAAAAAAACUAUACACCACAUGCCAGAUUUAAUUGUUAUCCUAAUUCUGAUUAAUCAUUAACUCUGUUUGUCAGCUUAAGCAGCACUCGCCACUGCUAUUCAAAUGAUUCACGAAUAUAGUCAUGUUUAUCCAAGAAAUGGUCAUUUUAUUUUGUUACUUUUAAAAACUGUUUUCCAUCAAAAUGAAAUUAAUUGAAACACAUGAUUAUAUGGCAUUGGCCCGUAUACUGUACAUUAUUCUCGAUUUAACUAAUUUUAAGUUUAAUACAUAGAAUAGGCAACUGAAAUCCAAUGAUGCAAUAGAUGUUCAUCCCCCCUUUUCGAGAACAAAAAAAAUGUUUAAGUAUGAUCAAUUGUAUUACGAGUCAAAAUUGUUGCCACAAUCCACUAAAAGUAGAAAACUUAAGCGCUAGUUUGUGAUUAUUUUUCCCAAAAAAAAACUAUAUGCUACCAAUAAAAGCUGUUCACAACAAAACGAAAUCAAUUAGGGCAUAGAUGCAGAUAUAUAUAUUUAAAAAUGCUGUGGCAGUGUAACCUAAAUUUAAUUUACAUUCAACAAAUAAACGUAAAGGACAUAAA